AGCGGGCCGGGCAAGUGCACCUGGCAGGGUAGGCAGGGCGUGACACGCCACCGCGAGCGCUUCCCAGCGCGCCGCCGCCGACGUCAGUGGCGCGCGGUCGGGGAGGGCGGUGCCUCGGCUGAAAAAGGCGGUCCGCUGCCGGGGAACGGCCCCGGUUUCGCUCGUCUACCGCGGGCCGCCGCCGCAGAAGCGGCGUAGGCCAGACAGCGUGGUGGUGGCCCCAGCAGUGCGAGCGAGCGAGUGAGCGAGGCCUCGCCAGUUUGGCAGUUUCGAGCCCAGCGUAAACCGGCGUCGUUGGCCAUGCGAGGAAUGGAGCCGUUGCCGCUGAGCCGCGCGCCCCCGCCGCCGCCCCCGAAGCACCACCGCGGGCUCGGCUUCUCCAUCGAGGCGCUGAUGAGUUCGCCCGCCGUGCCGGCGACGCCGGCGAGCCUGCUUUGCAUGUGGCCCGCCGAGUGGAUGAUGCGCGCCGCCCUGCAACCGCCGCACGGAUUCUUUCCCGCGGCCGCGCCCAGGUGCGAGCCCAGGAGCGAGCCGGCAACAGGCGAGACAUCUCCGGUGUCCAGCUGCCCGCCAUCGCCGCUGGCCUGGUGUCACACCGCGGGCGACUCGGCCGCAGCCUCGGACAGCGACGGCGACUGCGGCCCUCCGCACGAAGGCAGCCCGCGACCGCCGAGCCUCGUCGGCGGGGAGGAAGCCCGCCUGCUCGGACGUUCCGAGUGCGCGGACAAGCGCAGCGGCCACGCUUCCCACCACCAGGCGCAACACGGCCAAAGCCAGUCCACAUCCCAGCAGCUGCACCACCACCAGCAGCAGCAACACCACCACCAGCAGCAACAGCAGUGCCGGCGCCGGCGCACGGCGUUCACGAGCGAGCAGCUGCUGGAGCUGGAGAAGGAGUUCCACUCCAAGAAGUACCUGUCUCUGACGGAACGGUCGCAGAUAGCGCACGCGCUGCAGCUCACCGAGGUGCAGGUGAAGAUAUGGUUCCAGAACCGGCGCGCCAAGUGGAAGCGCGUGAAGGCGGGCCUCACCGCCGGCCGCGGGCCUCAGCAGCACUCCGACGCACCGCGCAUCGUGGUUCCCAUUCCGGUGCACGUGAACAGGGUGGCGCUGCGAAACCAGCAACAGCAGCAACAGGCCGAGCCAAAGGGACCGGGGGCGCUGGCUGCCCCCGUCGCUGGUCUCACGGCCGGCUUGACGCCGACAAGGUUACCUGGGCGUCUCGCACCGUCUCAAGGCACAGCGUUCAGUGCUCCAGAACCAGUAUGAACACUAUGAACAGCGUGCGCUGGAAGUAAAGAGAAUCAUCGUCCUUGCCUGAAACCCCAUCGACAAGCGCCUUCAAUAUUCCAGUGAGGGCGGCGCAAAGCAUGCUGCGGCAACUCACGCAAUGGCGUCGAAACUUAUUUCAGUGGCUGUCCCAGAGGUGCACACUUAUUUGUAAGCGCGCGUCUAGGAGUGUGUGCCAGCAAAGUUGAACUGGCCUCACGCAAGCAACCUUGCACGUGAACACCGCUUUACAAGUGCUACAUCAGCACACAAAAGCUUUUAUCAAGGCGAGCAGUGCUGAAUGGGAGGAUCAGUGAUACCGGAAUGCAGACACGGCUAAACACUGUUGGAUUUGAGACUCCUGCGCAACCGGACUUUCAUGUCUACCGCAUCACUGUCGCGGCGGAAAACGAGUACAAUGGAACGCUGAUGGAUAAAGAAGCCACCGUGGAGACAGGCCCUGGAAAUGCUACCAACGAUCCAAGGAAAACAUGAUGCGUGAACUGGAGAACUUGUGACGUGUGGAUGGAUACGCGUGGAAUGAAUGACGGCGUCGGUGAAGUGAUAACGUGUGUGGAACUUUCUUGAACUUGUGAUCUUUGAGUAGUGUGCUGUGUACGUCACUGUGUGCGCACACAGGCGCUUGAGUCGAUGCCCCUGCGCAGCAACCGAACUCAUUGUGGCUGAGAAUCCUACGAACCGCUUAAUGUAGGCAACUGUGCUGCGCUUGCGAUCUGUGUACACUAUACAAGAGAGAAUAUAUUAAAGAAACUAUCACCAAAUGCACAUGAAACUU